GAGAAUAUCUGAAGCUGCAAUCAGGGGAGAAACGAGAAGGAAGGAAGGAAGGGUGUUUGGAUUGUGUGUCUUUGUUGUGUUAAAGGUCAACUUUGGGUACAAACACUCCUUUCUCAAUUUUCAAAUAGAAAUUGGGUGUGCCUUUUGGUGGUUCAUCGAUAUCAUUCUGGGCAUGUGCUCCUUGUCCGACAUUGCUAGUUCGUUAGCUAAGCUAGCCACUUGUAACUAGCCAGUAACUCCUCCAGACAUAGCUAGUUUGUUAGCUAAGCUAGCCACUUGUAGCUAGCCAGUAACUCCUCCAGUAUGUGUUGUGAUUUCACAGGAUUUGUUUUUGGAUGGAAGCUGUAGAGAUCGGUAGAUGUGUGUCCACAGCAGAUGACGGAAGAUGUUGGCUAUGGACCAAGGAGUGGUGGAGGAAUGGCUGUCAGAGUUUAAGACCCUCCCUGACAGUGCAGUGUCCAGCUACGCAGCGUCUCUGAAGGAGAAAGGCUCCCUGGUCCCAGCGCUCUACAAGGUCAUCAGAGAGAACUACAGUGACCUGUUGGAGCCGGUGUGUCACCAGUUGUUUGAGUUCUACCGUAGCGGGGAGCAGCGGCUGCAGCGGUUUGUGCUCCAGUUCCUCCCUGAGCUGCUCUGGUCCCUCCUCCUGGCUCCGUCUGCAGCCAGGGACCCACACACCUCAGGCUGUGUAGAGGCCCUGCUACUGGGGAUUUACAACCUGGAGAUCGUAGAUAAGGAUGGACAGAGUAAAGUCCUCUCCUUCACUGUCCCCUCCCUCUCUAAACCCUCAGUCUACCACGAGCCCUCCACCAUUGGCUCCCUGGCGUUGACGGAAGGGGCUUUAGCCAAUCACGGGCUGAGUAGAGUGGUGUACAGCGGGCCUCACCUACAGAGAGAAACCUUCACUGCUCAGAACAGGUUUGAGGUGCUGACCUUCCUGCUGCUGAGUUACAAUGCAGCUCUCAGCUACAUGGCCUCCUCCUCUCUGCAGUCCCUCUGCCAGCUCAGCUCCAGGGUGUGUAUCUGUGGUUUCCCACGGCAACAGCUGAGGAGGUAUAAAGGCAUCAGCUCUCGUCUGACCGUCACCUCUGAGUUCCUGGUUCAACUCGUCACAGGGAUACACUACGCACUGUGUAAUGGGGAGAUGGACCUGGGUUCCAAGGCGCUGGAUGAUGUUCUGUACCGAGCUCAGUUAGAACUGUUCCCUGAAGCUCUACUGGUGGGUAAUGCCAUCAAGUCGUCCCAACAGUGUGCAGCGCUAAAGUCUGGCGGUGGUAAAGAAGGAGCUUGCAUCAUUCAGGUGGAGGUGACUCCAACUUCCUCUAGGAUCUCACGGAAUGCAGUCACAUCACUCUCUAUCAGAGGACACCGAUGGAAACGACAUGACGCAGUGGAUUUGGGUUCCCCGGACGAGUUGAUGGAGAUCUCGGAAGUGGAUGAAGGGGUGUGGCCUACAAGAGGGGCCAGCCCAGACUUGCUGACUCCGCCCACCAUCACUAUCAGCAACAGUAUCACCCUUGGAGUGGGAGGGACCAAGACAGGAAGCAGGAAGUGGCAUUUAGGCGGACGGUCGCAUAAGGAGAAGGAGGCUUGUCCUCCAGGGGGGCAGGCCCUGGUCGAGAACCUGGAUCUGUCAAUCAAACGUCUGACGCUGACGUCCAGCCAUUCGGUGCCCAAGGGGCCGGGCCAUAGCGCUCUGAGCAGCCUAUCGCGUACAGCCAGCGCCGUGUUCUCCCGCUCCUAUGAAGGAAACAACACUGGAGGUAACCGUAGUAACCCAGAGGCUGCCCGCUAUUCGUGCAGUGGCAGCCUACAGGAGGAGGAGCUAGGCUAUAUAAGCCCCUCCCCCAACCACAUCAAGCGCUCGCCAAGCAUCAGCGUGCACUUUAGGAGUGACCUGUGAACCCUGACAUUUAACCCUUGACUUCUCACCCCCCCAUCUAAACCUUCUAACCUCAUGCCCCUGUACCUUUGACCUGGACUAACAGCCUGCCAGUGGGACUGGAACACAAAGUCAUUAACACAUUCCCCCUCGUCCCCCUCCUCUCUUCACCAUCCCCACUUAUUUCCUCUCCACACCAUUCUUCAUCUCCCCCACCUCUUCUUCUCCAGUAGGACAGCUUCCCACCUCCAAAGGCCGGCUCCUCUCCUCCCACUCCUCUCUCCCCAAAGCGAGAGCCUGGGUCCAGGGAGCCUGGGAGCCUGGGUCCAUCACUCAACCCUGGAGUUACUAAACCACCCCCCCCUGGUGGUAACCAUACAGAACUCGAGACUGGACAGAGUGACUCACUACAACUGUUUUUUGAAAGGGUUUGGAAAUGGAGUAUUUAAAAGACUCCUGUUUGUCCCUCCUGACCACGCCCCCCC